AGGGAGGUGAAUGAAGGAAAAAAGACUCCCAACUUUUUAGUGUUUUUACAUGUAUUUACUAGCCUUGUUGUUGCUUCUCCAAUAUAGGUGGACUAACUUUUUGAAUUACCCCCUUUAUAAAUUACUAUCAUGUAUAUAUGCCUAACUGCAGUCCAUCCUCAUUUGUCAAAUGCUUUCUUCUUUAAUCACUUGUUCUCUUUCCUUAUCCUCAUUUACCAGUCUUUUUACCUCAAACCACUCCCAUCCUGGGCUUCUGAAAUGAGAUUGUCUCUCUGGUUUUGGAAAGAUUUAUCACCUUUUCCCAUAGCCAAAACAAUUAGAAAUACUCUGUUAGAUAUUUUUUUCGCAUUUUUUACUCCAAGAAUGUCACCUAAGAAGAACAAGAUUACUUAUUGUAAGGCUGAGAAUCUUGAGAUUACACCAGAUAUGUCUGUGUUAGAUUUGCCUGACCUUAUAUUGGAAUGCAUUCUUGAGAGGCUUCCAACAGAGGGGCUUUGUAGAAUGGCUAGUGUUUGUAGUACUUUGAAAAAUAGGUGCACAAGUGAUCAUCUAUGGGAAAAACAUAUGAAAAACAAAUGGGGUAGGAUUAUUGGCCCUGCUGCAUAUAGGGAAUGGCAGUGGCAUAUUGCCUCAAGAAAAGGUCCAAUCUUCUCUAAUCAAGGCAAACAGAGGGGCCUAAUGGGCUAUCUCACUCUCUUAUGGCCUACUGCACUGAUUAGAUCUAGUUUUGGUAAUAUUCACAAGAAGAAGGAUUUUCCUCCAGUUGAUUCAAUCAUGUCAUGGUGUCUUGCUCUCGAGUCUGGAAACUUUUGGUUCCCUGCUCAAGUCUAUAACCGUGAGAAUGGUCAUGUUGGAUUUGUGUUAUCAUGCUAUGAUGCUGAGCUUGGCUAUGAUCGGCGGACCAACACAUUCCAGGCCAGAUAUCCACCACAUGGAAGGAGAGCAAGUUCAAUAGAGACUGGGGUGACAUGGGACAGACUCAGAGCUCCCCCUGUUGAUACCUCACCCCAUGAUCUUCAUAUUUCUGAUUGCUUGAACGAGUUGCAACCCGGUGAUCAUAUCGAGAUCCAAUGGAGAAGAAACAAAGAAUUUCCAUAUGGAUGGUGGUAUGGAGUUGUAGGCCAUUUGGAAACAUGUGAUGGGAAUGCCAAUUACUGCCGCUGCCGUGAUAGUGACACUCUGGUGCUAGAGUUCAACCAGUACACUCGUGGUUCACGCUGGAGAACGACAUCCGUUAACAGAAAAGACCAUCGAGAAGAAGGGAAUGAGGCGGAUGGAUUUUAUGGGGGAAUUCGAAAACUUCAAAGCAGUGAAGAGAUUUCCAUGUGGAGAAACCUCUGGCCAGCUGAAGUCUUGGAAUAGAUCCUACUUUUGGUGAAAAUUUGUACCAAAAUCUGGAAAUCUACAUAUUAGUAUUUUUAUAAGUUGCAAGAGGGCUUUGCUUAUUGCCAUUGGUGCAACAUUUUUCUUUUUGCACUCGUACUCUCGUUUUCGGGAAAUUAUUGCUCCUGAUUCGCUAAGCCAUUGAUAGGUUAAUAGCAGCUGUAUGUAACUUGUUUCUGUUGAAUUUUUAAAUAGAAUAUAAUACAACUACUAUGACUUAUAUCUAUGUAGUAAUUUAUUGAGCUUUA